ACAUCAAAAGAGUUCAAGAAAACAAGACACAUCUCUUAUAUACUAUCCAGCAGAAACACUCAGUUUGCUGUUCGGAACACAGAUUUCCUGAGAGUUCCUGUGUUCUUUGAGAAACGAUGGCGGUCUGGACUGUCUACCUGUCUCUCUGUCUUCUGGUAGCUUUGAAUGCUUCAGUGGAAACCCGUCCUGUUGAAAGUAAACAUUGUGGCGUCUGUAAGGAAGGAUGGUCUGCCUUUGGAUGCAGAUGCUUCAGGUUUUUCAGUUCCCAUUACACGUGGGCUGGAGCCGAGAAAUACUGUUUGUACUAUAAUGGGAACCUUGCUUCUGUACACAGCCAUGAGGAGUACAUGUUUAUACAGAAGCUGGUUAGACAGGCAACUCAUGCCACAACACGUGCCUGGAUCGGAGGCAGUGAUGCCGCUGAGGAGGGAGUUUGGCUCUGGAGUGAUGGAACCAAAAUGAUCUAUCAAAUAUGGUCGCCUGGAAAUCCCAGUAAUUAUCUUGGAAAAGAGCACUGCCUUGAGAUGAACUAUGGCAAUGGCAACUGGAAUGAUGACAACUAUCUGUCUCAAACAAUGGUGGUCUGGACUGUCUAUCUGUCUCUCUGUCUUCUGGUAGCUUUGAAUGCUUCAGUGGAAACACGUCCUGUUGGAGGUAAAGAAUGUGGCGCCUGUCAGGCAGGAUGGUCUGCCUUUGGAUGCAGAUGCUUCAAGUUUUUCAAUUCCCAUUACACGUGGGCUGGAGCCGAGAAAUUAUGUUUGGCCAAUCAUGGGAACCUUGCUUCUGUACACAGCCAUGAGGAGUACAUUUUCAUAAAGAACCUGGUUAGACGCACAACUCAUGCCACAACACGUGCCUGGAUCGGAGGCAGUGAUGCUGCUGAGGAGGGAGUUUGGCUCUGGAGUGAUGGAACCCAAAUGAUCUAUCAAAUAUGGUCGCCUGGAAAUCCCAAUAAUUAUCUUGGAAAAGAGCACUGCCUUGAGAUGAACUAUGGCAAUGGCAACUGGAAUGAUGACAACUGUUCUGUAAAGAAGCCCUUUGUGUGUGCGUACUGAACCAGCAUGUGAAGA